AUGGACCCACCGUCGAAGAGGAUGAGGAUGGACAUCGGCCGGGGCUUCCCCGACAUGGGCAUGGCGGCCAUUACUGGCGGAUCGCCUCCUGGCCGCUCCGUCUCCGGCGUCGAUCACGCGCAUGUCGAGCAUGCUGAUCCUAGGAUGCCGAAGCAGAGAACUUGGUCGCGCGCCUCAUCCGCCUGCCAGACCUGCCGUGGCCGCAAGACGAAAUGCGAUAACGAGAGGCCGAUAUGCGGCUAUUGUAGGAGGGUCGGGGCAACUUGCACAUAUAUCGAGGACUCGGCUCCGGCAACGUCACUAUGUCAAGGUGUUGGACCACGUCUGCUGGGAGCAAUAGAGAACUUGGCCAACCUAAUUCAACGCAACGAGGAGAACUUUCGCGCUAUACCACAACUUAGCCGCGACCUGUCCGGUAAUUCAAGCGACUAUCCGGACAGUCCAACCUUCCAAGGUGGACGUCAAGAUGGUCUCCUGUCUGGGCAAGAUGGAGGUGCCGCGGAUGAGGCUAAGAAAUCCAUUCAUCCCUCGUUAUCGGAUACCGCCGGACUGGACUCCGUGCUGGAGUGGCCAAUCUUUCCUAAACCGGUGCCCUUCGCGAUAGACCCCUUCAGCCAUGCUUCCCCACGUGGGGAUGCCUUUUCCCCCAGAUCACCCCCCGCCAUGGAGUUCUACGAGCUAUCCCGGCUGGUAGACUUGUACUUGACCAAUGUUCAUCCCAUGAAUCCCGUCGUCGAUGCUCAAAUGCUGCGACAGAUGUUAAAGCAGGUCGCGGAAAACGGCCCUGACUGGUCAGCGUCUACCUGUAUCGUUGCAUUGUCUUGUGCCCUCGGCGCCAUAUCCCAGAGACCUGGGCAGAGGACGCCAAGCGGGACCCCUCGUGGAUACUCCGUGGAGCCCAACCGUCAUCUGGCGUCAAGGUAUUGGUCAGUCGCCGAGAAACGACUGGGCUUCUCCAUGGGUUCACCUGGAUGGGAGUCUGUACAAUGCUUGUGCCUUGCAGGAAUCUGGCACAUGUACAACAUGGAUCCCUUACAAGCAUGGAAAUGUUUCAGUAUGGCGAGUAAUACCUGGUAUACUACUUCGCUCACAAACAAACUCACCAUGCCGGCUAAAGCCGAGACGCCUGAAUUCCCCCAGUCACUCUCAAUGGAGCAGAUAUUGUACUUCACUUGCUUCAAAUCUGAAUGUGAGCUGGCGUUUGAGCUGUCUCUCCCCGGUUCCAUCCUCGCCGGCGUAGACUACCCAUAUAGUCUGCCCACUCCACCAACACUGGGGGUCAUGAACCUAGACAACAAGGCCCUCAUGAUGGAGCAAAGAUCCUGUCACACUCCGGGCCCAGCGGCCCUAUUGGCCUUGAAGUGA